AGGCGAGCCCCGCCCCCCUCGCUCCCCGGAGUGCUAGCAUGGAGGCAUCAAGGUGCUGCAGCAUCCAGGUGUCAUCCAGACAUCUGUCAUAACAUGACGACUGUGGCUUCUAUGGACACUUUACCGCGAGGUAACACCUGAAUACAUGAUACGAGAGGAGGUGGAGAUCAGCCCAGAACCUGAAGAUGAGGCGUCUGUCACGUAAGAAAGCCCUGAGCCUGGUGAAGGAGCUGGACGCCUUCCCCAAAGUGUCUGAGAGCUACGUGGAGACGUCAGCCUCCGGAGGAACAGUGUCCCUGAUAGCCUUCAGUGCCAUGGCUCUCCUGGCUAUCUUAGAGUUCUUUGUUUAUAGAGACACUUGGAUGAAAUACGAGUAUGAAGUUGACAAGGACUUUUCCAGUAAAUUGAGAAUAAAUAUUGACAUCACAGUCGCCAUGAAAUGCCAGCACGUCGGAGCAGAUAUUCUGGACCUGGCUGAGACCAUGAUCACCUCCAGCGGCCUCCAGUACGAGCCCGCGAUUUUUGAACUGUCCCCAAAUCAGAGACUGUGGCAAAGCACGUUGACGGUCAUUCAGAGCCGGCUGAGAGAGGAACACGCGCUUCAGGAAGUCCUUUACAAAACCCUGCUCAAAGGAGGUCCAACCGCCCUGCCACCACGGGAGGAUGCCUCCAUGGAGCCGCUCAACGCCUGCAGGAUACACGGGCACGCCUACGUCAACAAGGUGGCCGGAAACCUUCACAUCACUGUUGGAAAGCCCAUUCACCAUCCUCAGGGUCACGCCCACAUUGCAGCCUUUGUGAGCCAUGACACGUACAACUUCUCUCAUCGAAUAGACCAUUUAUCUUUCGGGGAGGAGAUACCAGGCAUCAUCAAUCCUCUGGACGGCACCGAGAAAAUCACCUACAACAAUAACCAGAUGUUCCAGUACUUCAUCACGGUGGUUCCGACCAGGCUGAACACAUACACGAUAUCUGCAGACACACACCAGUUCUCUGUGACCGAGCGGGAGCGGGUGAUAAACCACGCAGCGGGCAGUCACGGCGUCUCCGGCAUCUUUGUGAAGUACGACACCAGCUCUCUGAUGGUGACGGUCAGCGAGCAGCACAUGCCGCUGUGGCAGUUCCUGGUGCGACUGUGCGGCAUCAUCGGGGGAAUAUUCUCCACCACAGGAAUGCUCCAUGGGCUUGUUGGCUUCUGCUUCGAUGUUGUCUGCUGUCGCUUCAAACUUGGAGUCUAUCGGCCCAGACAGGAUGUGCAGCUGCAUCACCACAUGAACAAUCUCAACAAUCACCAGACUCCUUUGUUGGCUGACAACGUCCCUCAGGAGUAACGGCCACCGUCAGACUGCUGAUUCUGCCUUCUGUCCCGACAAAUCAGUUAUUAUUUCCCUGCUUUCUCCUUCUCUCCCAGUAGGAGAUGAUUCUUUUUUAAUUUUCCACAUUACCAUACCUCAUGAAAUUGUUUUUUUACUGAAAAAUGUAAAGGGACCUAUUAGGCAUCGUACUGUUAACUUUAAAGAUAUUAAAAGUUCACAUUAGAUGAAUGCGCCUUAGGAAAAUGUUCUGCAGUCAUUUGAUUUAUCAUAUAUAUCUCUGUCCACCACAUUGUAUUUAUCGUGUCUGAAUGUGUGUGCUUUUCUUAACUUUAUACAUGCCUUUAAAAACAUUUCCUUUUUAA